AAACCACAUCGUAAAUGAAGACCAAUUCCAGCUGCACUGUCCCUCACGUAAGGCCUAAUAAUACACCCUGACAACAGAGGGAGGGUGGUGGUCCACGACUGACUGACUCACUCCGAGGGUCAAAAACAGAAUAACCCAUUGGUCAUGUGGAGGUAUUAUAAAUAUAAUGGAUAUAUAACUGCACGGAGAGAAGCUGUCCACACACAAUCCCGACUGGAACUCUGCGACCGACAUAGGAACUCCCACUCAAAACAUGUCUCAGCCUGGUGAGGUGAAGAAGAAAAAGCGUCCAGUUAUGAAGGAGGAGGACCUGAAAGGAGCCCGUAGUAAACUGGGGCUGAAGGGGGAGCCCAAGAGUAAGACCUAUGAGGUCAUGGUAGAGUGUGAGCGUAUGGGGAAGGUGGCCCCCUCUGUGUUUAGUGGGGUGAGGUCUGGUGGAGAGACUGCACUGGAGAAGCCUAAAGCACCAGCAGCCAGCGUCUUUGGCAAAUAGGGUGAGCCAGGUGGAGCGUUGGCCUUCAUCCCAACUUUAAAGUCUAGUGGAGAAACGUGACCAGACGGAUGGCGGGACAAACAGCACAGAACAGGCCAAAUCACUUUGUUGUUUAAUGGAUGGAUGCCUGUUUGUUUGUGUUGUCUUUUGAGUAACUGUUCAUUGUUUUCAGACUUAUUUGAAAUAUUAAUUACCAAUAUCAGUGAAGUCGUUUUCCUUAAAAAUCGGCUUCUCUGUUUUGAAUGGUGUAGUAACUUAAAAAUGGUCUUUGUGUAUGAUGAUAAUACUAUUGUGGUUAAACAUAAAAUGCGAGCAGACCAUUGAUUGGCCAGCAUGAAGUCCUCAGAAGGAUGAUUUCAUGCAAUAUGAUUUUUUUUUUUUUUCAAAACAAGUUUGAGGGGUGCUUUUUCAGUGAUUUGUCUUCAGUUUUGCUUUGGCCAUAAAAUCUAACAAAUGUGUAUAUUUAAUAAUAACAACAGUUAAACAUUUUUAGCUACGCAGUUAUUUUAAUUCUCCACACGGAAAUAAAGCUAGCGAUGUUUCUAGAGCACUCCUGGAGGAACACCAUUCUUCCAAAAAAGAUUCCCUCUGUUCAGAUGAUGGUGGUGGAGACUGCUCUCUAAUACAUUAGUCCAAAUUCAAUUGGGUUGAGAUCUGGUGACUGCGGAAGCCAUAAGAUAUGAAUCACAUAAUUUUCCUACCAUUCAGUGCCAUCCAUGCCCCAAUAAUGAUCUCUCUUUCAAAGUCACCUAGAUUCUUUCCUCUUGUCAUCUUGAUCCAAAGUCAAGGUCAACUGGGCCUGCUCACCAUUUUUAUACAUGCCUCUGAACAUAGGAUAGGAUGUUAUUUGCUUAGUUGUAUCAUGCAAUACACCAAUAUGGAAGCAUUGGCACUCGUAAUGUUCUUGCUCUCAUUUAUUCAGGUUUUUCAUUUAAUUUGUAACCCCAUCUGUAUGUAAUUUUCAGCAUGGGACAGCGUCAUUAAAUCUGCAAUAUGGGGCUGUUUGACACUGAGCUGGUUGUUCAUAUUAGGAAUUGUUUAGACUGUCUUUGACAACUGAAUUAUAUGAUGAUUGUCAUUAGUAAUUGGCAAAAAUAUUUGUCUUUGUUUUUAUGAACAAAUUAAGAUCUUCCCUACGUAUUUGUUUUGUAUCUCAUUAUGUGGACUGUUGAGUCCCUUGUCAACAGGGCAUGAAGAAUGAGUAAUGUUUCAUAAUUGUUUCAAAUAUUGCAAUAUCAUCCCGUUCAACAUUAUUAUUACUACAAUGUAAAUGUUGAAGGAGCUUUGUUGAUUCAUCUUUACUGUGGAAUUAAAUGAAGCACAUACUUUAACAGCUGCUGUAAAAAUGUACUUCUUAAGUUUUUAUUCUAACCAAAUUCCAGACAUGAUGCAUGUAGAAUGUAUGGACUGUUAAACCAACAAAUGCAUUACAAAUACUUUGUACUCUAAAAUGAUUUACCUAAUAUUGGAAAUGGGUAUUUUCAGGUGCGUAGGUAUUUUGAACCAAUGCACAAUACUUGAGAGAAAUCUCCGGUGCCCGUGUGAUGAAAGUAAGUACAGAGACAAAUAACUUUUAAUGGAUGUAAGUACAGAGACAACAUUUGGAGUGUUGGAAGAUGUAAUAUACCGUUAAACCCAAAAGUAUUCAUACCCAUGCCAAAUUCAAAGCUAUAGUGCAUUUUUAUUUGACCAAUAGA